GAGAGAACGGGGACUUCGCUAACCGGCUUUGUGGUUUUUCAUCCAGUCUUUUUUUAAUUACACUUGCCAACUCAGUCCACUACAGCUGAUGAUGCUCGUCUCUGAACACUGAUUUCAACUCGUUUUAUUCACCAAACCGAUCAUAUGAACAUAGACGAAUACAUUGAAGAAGAUGAGGAACCACCUUUGCUGCUCAGCUCUCGUCCUUCUCACGGUGUUCGGCUGUGGUGGGACUGCAGCAGUGCAGUGUCGGUGGGCGGAAGGGUGUGUGUGUCUGCAAUGCCCUGCUGGCCAGGAGCCUUCCAAGGCUUGUGGGCUGAUCCAAAGUCCAACAGAACAAGUGCAAUGUCAGUUGUGCCCGACAGGAAGAUUUUCAGGCGCAUUCGACUCUGAACUUUGCGCCCCACAUGCAUCCUGCAAGAUCCUCAGCCGUAAGGUUGCAACCCCUGGCACUGCAAUCUCAGAUGCUAUCUGUGGGGACUGUCUGCCUGGGUUUCACUCCGCUGCCACAGGGGAAGUUCCCACCCAAAGUCUGUGUGUGAAAACAUCUUUGCAUGUCAGAACGGUGCGUACAGUGGGUAAAGGUCCAUCCAGCGGUUCAGGAUUGCCGGUCAACGGCACAGUGGUACGCAGCGCUGAGGAGAAGACGGCAGAGUACGCCGUGUUUGCUUUGGUGCCCAUCUUUUGUGUGAUGGGCCUGUUGGGUAUCCUUAUCUGCAACAUCCUGAAGAAGAAGGGAUACCGCUGCUCUGCUGACAAGGAGGGAGGGGAUGAAGAAACUGCCACACCACUGAAAGAAGGUAACAAUUGUCCCUACAUAUCUGACGACCUGAAUGAAGACACCAUCAGUGUUCUGGUUCGCCUCAUCACUGAGAAGAAAGAAAAUGCUGCUGCGCUGGAGGAAUUGCUGCUGGAGUACGAGAGCAAACAGAUGGCCAUGAGCAAAGGCUCGUCAAUCAAGUUCCCGAUGCUGUCUCCCCUGUCCUCGUUCUGCUCCCUCCCCAGGCUGUGCCCCCAUCAGUCCCACCACCACACCAUCUCUGGCCUCUCCGGCCUGGCCCCCAAACACGGCUACCGCUGCACCCGCUGCGCCCAGAGAAAAUGGCCCGCUGUCCUGAUACCUCCCCUGGAUUCCUUUAAAGAUCCCCUGAAGCCCCCAAAGACCUUCAUCGUGCCCUCCCUGGACACAUCCAGCGACCAGCUGAAGAGGCCCCUCCUGGGGGGGAUGUUUGUCGACACCCGUCAUACACAAGCUGUUGUGCCAAAUACUGUACCGGAAAAGGUGGAAGGGAGUGAAGUGAAGGAGAGGAAGGAGGGAGAGCUGACGGUGUUGUCUGUGGGGAGAUUUCAAGUCGCUCAGAUCCCUGAGCACAAGCCUGUCACUGUGGAAACCAAGGCAUCAUCCCAGGAGCAGCGAAACUCCCUGUUUGGAGGGAAACCCUUUUGCUCCUCAUCAUCCGGCUUCAGGAGGUGAAGAGACAGAGAGACGGUGUAUGAUAACGCUACCUCGCUAGAAGAUGACCUCAUCAUUCGCUGACAACUUGACAGCUGGCAGGGAGGGUGUUUCUAGACGACUGACACCAAGAAACCCCAAGAACCACCUCAUGCUGAAAGAAGUUGUUUCUAUUCACGCGAUAAGAGGAAUAUAGCUGUAUUUAUUAUUACAUGAAAACAAUAGUGUACUUUACAGAUGUCUCAGAUGUACCAUCAUAGAAGUGUAACGUAGAAGAGAAAGGGGAGAGUAUGGCUCAAAACAGAUUGUCAACACCUGACACUAGGAGGAAGGAUGAGAGGGAGAAAGACAAGUUUGGAUCAUACAAAUGUGUUCUUAGCCCCACACAUGAAAGAUUACUACCUACACUACUUGUGUGAAGAGGACAAAACACUGUGGAAUACGUAACUUACAAAAAGACAAAGCUUAAACAGCAGUGAGACUGAAGUAAACCUAUUCAAGCAUGUACUACAUCUAAAAAAGAGGAAAUAUAAUGCCAAGUCGUCUGUAAUCAAGUGCCAUAUGAACUAAGAGUGAAGGUUCUCAUUACCAAAAGACUGAGCAAACCUGGCUUGGCUAAAAUAAAAACCUAUAUGAUUUUGGGUCAUAAGACACCUGAUUUAAGACUACAAUAGCACUACAGUAAGUAUUAUAAGUACAAAAUGUUAUGAAACUCAAUAUGAUUUUGUUGUUUUAAAUAUUUUUUAUUACAAGUUUAGUGAUCUAGCUCUUCUUCUUCUGCUCACAUAGGAUGUGCAGGUGAGUUGAGGUUUUAGACCUUGAAGUUUUUGAAUGUAGUCUUAACAGAAAAUGCACUCACUGAGUUCAGUGAACAUUUGAGAGAAACAUUCCCUCGGCGAUGUACACCUACCCACAGUCAGCAUUAAUACCAUUUGCAACUUUUAAGCUUUUAGACUAGUUCCAAGUAGGUGACCAGGGGCCAAAAUGUCUUCUCAGAGUGGACCCCCAGAUUUUUAUCAAAGCGAUUCUUUUCUUUUUUACAACAAUGCAUCCCAAUGGCAGUUAGAGGCUAAACUCUAACUGCAAAAGUUACAUUGGUAUAUAUCACUUUUGUAGAAUAGAACAUGUAAAUGAUUGUACAAAUGUAAAUAUGGGUGGGUAUAGAGCCAUAAACAUACCUGGCUUUUAGCAUUUUAGCAUCCCGUAUGUACGAAGUGAAAGACGACUGCACUGCAGCAAUAAGUGACACUUGUAGUCCAUCAAUAAAAGAAACGGUAAACUCUGUCACACCAUCAUACGUGUAAGCUGAAUUGCUGGUUUAAUUUACAUAAUAUAGGCCUAUAUGAUUCAUUUCACGUUUUGAGUGCAACAUUUCAGUGUUUUAGUCAUUAAAUUCUUUUUUUUUUAAAGUCAGACACACAUACAGUACACAUAGCCAGACUCAAGUUAUGCAAUCUCCAUGACUUUAAGAAACCACUCCCACAUAAAUACACACACAAGCAUUUUACAGUUUAAUUAAAUAAACCAACCAGUGGCUGCAGAGGAUUAGUGGUUGAGAUGCCUCAAAGUCUUGCAGCUCACUUGGCUUCAGUUUACAUCCUCAUGGGUUUAAACCAGUGUACUAUAAUCCUAGAGGUUUUUUAUUCACUAAUUUUCAUAUUUUCUUAUUACGAUUAUUACGUAGUUACGAGGACUACGUCAACAUGUCUCGAGGAUAUGUAUUGGUUGUUCUAUUACUAUUAUUAGGAUUAUUAUUGUUUUCAAGCUGAAGUGUUGCUGGUAGGAAGGAAGGAUGAAGAAAAAAACAUUCAUCUCAUCAUCUUUGUAGAUUGCAUUUAUAAUAUUUAAUUUUUCUGUAUGAUGUUUUUACUGUUGAAAUAAAGAAGAGGUGUAUUUUAAA